AUGAAAAAGAGAAGGAUGACACCUUCCUCAUGGAAACUACAAACUUUUUUCGAAGUAGAAAUUGAAUUCGAGAAGAAACAGAAUGAUGUUGGUAUCCAAUGUGAUUUAUGUGGAAGUGAUAAUCUCAAAACACUUAAAGAAUGUCUUCAAAAUGAAAAUAAAAAUAAAAAAUCUUCAAUUGCAAAUGUGCUAGAUAUAACCAAUGCGGCCGAAGUACAGUUUUAUACUGGUUUCCAAGAUUAUGAACAUAUCAAAUUCAUAUUUAGUAUUUUUGGAGAUGAAGUAAAUUGUUUAAAAUAUUAUCCUCAACUGAAAACAUUGAAGGUGCCGUUUCUAAACCCUUGUGAUCAAUUCCUUCUAGUGUUAAUUAAAUUACGCCGGAACAUGCUAUUUACAGAACUCGCCUUUCGAUCGAAGAUUAAUAAAACGGUACUAAGUAACAUUUUCAUAACAUGGAUCAAUUACUUAUAUUGUAAAUUGAAAGAGUUAAAUGUUUGGGUGCCAAAACAAUGCAUAGAUAAAAAUAUGAAAUACUAUGGCAAGAUUAAUCCAUGCACUGUGAUAGUAGAUUGCACGGAAAUAAAAAUAGAGAAGCCCAAAAAUCCACUUACACAACAGCUUACAUAUUCCACUUACAAAUCAGCAAAUACUCUAAAAGUUUUAAUUGGGAUUUCAGCAUCAGGCUGCGUUACAUUUGUAUCCGAUGCAUAUGGUGGAUCUACGAGUGAUCGUGAAUUGUUUGAAAAAUGUGGACUUAUUGAUAAACUUGAACCUAAUGAUAUCAUUUUUAGUGACCGUGGCUUUAAUGUACAAGACCUAGUGUGCCAUAAAGAUGUUACAGUUAAUGUGCCAGAAUUUUUAAAAAAUACUGAUGGACAAUUUGAGACUUCUCAACUGACAAGGUCAAAAAAUAUAUCUUCAGAACGGAUACACGUUGAAAGGGUCAUUGGUUUGGCUAAAACUUUUAAGAUCUUAAGCGGCAAGUUGGAUUCAAAAUUGGUGCCUUUAGCAGAUAGAAUAAUAUUUGUAUGUUUUAUGUUAACCAAUUUCAAAAAUAAUAUUAUAAAGUAA